AUUCAGCCUCACCAAGGCUAGCUGUCUGGGUGCCGUUGGAUAGAGAAAAAACCAAGGCGCUGCCUCUCCCUCCCUCUCUACACGCCCACAAGCUGGUGACCAGGAUCCCCCCACCCAAAACUCCGCUCUCAUCCCACCCCCCCUCCACUCCACUACCACGGCGGCACGGCCUGCCUCUGCAGCUCUGCCCUGCUCCGCACCCCUCGCUCUCCAACCCCAACGCGCGGCGUUGCUAAAAUUCACCGCAGCGCUUACUCCAGUUUGGCCACCUCACCACCCGCCGCCGCUGUUUAAGAAGGCCCCGCGCCCGAUCGGGGAUCACGAACCUUGGCCGCCGCUGCCGGAGUGGGGGUAAGCGAGAGCCCUCCUGCUUGGGGCGUAGAUUUCCGGCGGCCAUGGGGGGCGCCGUGAUGGUCGCCAUCGCGGCCUCUAUCGGCAACUUGCUGCAGGGCUGGGACAAUGCGACAAUUGCUGGAGCCGUCCUGUACAUAAAGAAGGAAUUCAACCUGCAGAGCGAGCCUCUGAUCGAGGGCCUCAUCGUCGCCAUGUCCCUCAUUGGGGCAACAGUCAUCACGACGUUCUCCGGGGCAGCGGCCGACUGCGUUGGUAGGAGGCCCAUGCUGGUCGCCUCGGCUGUCCUCUACUUCGUCAGUGGGCUGGUGAUGCUUUGGGCGCCAAGUGUGUACAUCUUGCUCCUCGCAAGGCUCAUUGAUGGGUUCGGUAUCGGUUUGGCGGUCACACUUGUUCCUCUCUACAUCUCCGAGACUGCACCGACAGACAUUCGUGGGCUGUUGAACACGUUGCCGCAGUUCAGUGGGUCAGGAGGGAUGUUCCUCUCCUACUGCAUGGUGUUUGGGAUGUCCCUCAUGCCCAAACCUGAUUGGAGGCUCAUGCUUGGAGUUCUGUCGAUCCCGUCACUUAUUUACUUUGGACUGACUGUCUUCUACUUGCCUGAAUCACCAAGGUGGCUUGUGAGCAAAGGAAGGAUGGCGGAGGCGAAGAGAGUGUUGCAAAGGCUGCGGGGAAGAGAAGAUGUCUCAGGGGAGAUGGCUCUUCUAGUUGAAGGUUUGGGGGUCGGUAAAGAUACACGUAUUGAAGAAUACAUAAUUGGUCCCGAUGAUGAACUUGCUGAUGAAGGGCUGGCUCCAGAUCCAGAGAAGAUCAAACUAUAUGGACCUGAAGAAGGCCUAUCUUGGGUUGCCCGACCUGUUCGGGGACAAAGUGCUCUUGGAAGCGCGUUAGGUCUCAUCUCUCGUCAUGGGAGUAUGGCGGCUAGUCAGGGUAAGCCCCUCGUGGAUCCUAUGGUCACUCUUUUCGGAAGUGUUCAUGAAAAGAUGCCUGAGAUCAUGGGGAGCAUGAGGAGCACAUUGUUUCCCAACUUUGGCAGCAUGUUUAGUGUUGCCGACCAGCAGCAGGUGAAAGCUGACUGGGACGCCGAGAGUCAAAGGGAAGGUGAAGAUUAUGCUUCGGAUCAUGGUGGCGAUGACAUCGAGGAUAACCUCCAAAGCCCACUUAUUUCUCGUCAGGCAACAAGUGUGGAAGGAAAGGAGAUCGCUGCACCUCAUGGUAGCAUAUUGGGUGCUGUGGGAAGGAGCAGUAGCUUGCAGGGAGGGGAGGCAGUAAGCAGCAUGGGCAUUGGCGGAGGAUGGCAGUUGGCGUGGAAAUGGACCGAGAGAGAGGGCGAAGAUGGGCAAAAGGAAGGUGGCUUCCAGCGUAUUUACUUGCAUGAGGAGGGCGUACAAGGCAACAGGGGUUCUAUAUUGUCAUUACCAGGCGGGGAUGUUCCUCCUGGUGGUGAGUUCAUCCAGGCUGCAGCUCUUGUGAGCCAACCAGCUCUUUACUCUAAGGAACUGCUGGAGCAACGUGCUGCUGGUCCUGCGAUGAUGCAUCCAUCUGAAGCAGUUACUAAAGGUCCAAGAUGGGCCGACCUAUUUGAGCCUGGGGUGAAGCAUGCACUGUUUGUUGGCAUAGGAAUACAGAUCCUGCAACAGUUUGCUGGCAUCAACGGCGUUCUCUACUACACUCCUCAAAUUCUUGAGCAAGCAGGCGUUGGUGUUCUUCUGUCGAACCUCGGCCUUAACGCUUCUUCGGCAUCAAUCCUCAUUAGCGCCCUGACGACCUUACUGAUGCUCCCAAGCAUCGGCAUUGCGAUGAGGCUCAUGGAUAUGUCCGGAAGGAGGUUUCUCCUCCUCGCGACGAUCCCAGUCCUAAUAGUCGCGCUACUCGUCCUGGUGGUGUCCAACAUCGUGGACGUGGGGGACGUGGCGCACGCGGCGCUCUCCACGGCCAGCGUCAUAGUCUACUUCUGCUUCUUCGUCAUGGGGUUCGGGCCCGUCCCCAACAUCCUCUGCGCAGAGAUCUUCCCCACCACGGUCCGCGGUGUCUGCAUCGCCAUCUGCGCCCUGGCCUUCUGGCUCGGUGACAUCAUCGUGACGUACACUCUCCCCGUGAUGCUGAACGUCGUCGGGCUCGCCGGCGUCUUUGGGGUGUACGCCGUCGUGUGCGUCCUAGCCCUCGCGUUCGUGUUCGUCAAGGUGCCCGAGACGAAGGGCAUGCCUCUCGAGGUCAUCACCGAGUUCUUCUCCGUUGGGGCAAAGCAAGCCAAGGAAGAGGAGGAGGAGGAGGCCAGGGAAGGUUGAUCACCCGGACGGCCGGACCCAGUUACCGGCACCGCCUGUGGGGAUUUUUGUGGUCUGCACACUUCACUGUGGUUGGUCCUGUGAUGAUGUAUUUGUGAAAAAAAAAACUUUGGGUAGGGGGCAGAGAUGAUUUGGCUGUACAAUGUGAGGCUUGAUUCUGCCAAAGGCUGGCCUUCAGAACUAGGAAGGGUGUCUGUUAUCUUCUUUUGUUGCUUGGAGACCUUGUGCUUGUGUUGGUUGGAAUUUUGUUGCCUAUGUAACUAGUGGUGUAUGACAGUUAUGCUAUUGGUUUCUUUGUGUU